CCAGUUAAUCAGGUUUUUAUCUUUAUCCCGUGUGUUUAACAUUUUAUUUCAGAUGGGUGACACGUUGGAAAUGAUGCUCCUGUUCACAUCAGAUUUUCUACUUUUUAAAACUUUUUUUUCUGUGUGUAUAUACCACUUUGUCCUUUUCCUUUCCCCUUUAUGUUUUUUUGGGGGGUGGGGGUUCUUUUUGCUUAGCAUGUAUAAAGAGAAAAAAUCUUUUUCUAAAGAAUACAUACUAAACUUUGAACUAAGGACUCCUAACGAUAACACCAUUAGCCAAUGGAUGGUCAUUGGCCUAAAGCUUAUAAAUAUUCUAAUGAAGAAACACUUUGGGAUGUUUUAUAUUAUUCAGUUCCUAAAAGAGCCAGUAAGUGUAAAGCCUGUUACCUCCAGUUAGUACCAACCGACCUUAGCUACAGUCCUGACUCUUUGGUGUUACCAAAUACAGUAAUUUCACAGAAGACAAUGUAUUUAUUGUGGUUUUAAAAAUACCAAACAAUUUGAUCUCACUAUAGUAUAUUUAGUUUACAGUCUUGAUGAAAUUGUUAAAUCAUUUAGAAAGGAACUUUUUUCCCUUAGAUCCUUGGUCUAUAAUUCUGCUUGCCUUUUGAAAACAUAUUUACAAAGAAUAUAUUUCUGUUUUUUAUAAUUCCCUCAAAAUAGCAAUACUGUUAAAGAAAAUAUCUGUGUCCAGUAUGCCCGCCAAGAAUUAGUACUGAUAUAUUGUCAGAGGUCAUGAACCUUUUCCAUAAUGGGCUACGUAAUAUUUUAGGCCUUUGCAUGCUGAAUGGUUUUGGUCAAAACUGCUCAACUCCACUGUUGUAGCUCAAAAACAGCCAAAGACAAUACUAAACAGGUGAACAAAUAAAUAAGCAAAGUUGUAUUCCCAUAAAACUUAAUUUACAAAAAACUUAAUUUACAAAAAAACUUAAUUUACAAAAAAAAAAACAAAUAAAUAAGUAAAGUUGUGUUCCCAUAAAACUUAAUUUACAAAAAACUUAAUUAUCCAGGUUUUGCACAGAUUUGGCCUGUGGGUUAUGGUUUGCACAGACCCCUGCUAUAAAUGCUUGUACAUACAAAUUUGAGUUUUUUUGCUAAAGAUUAAUCUAACUUACUUAGAUGAAUAAAAUGGGCAUAGGUGGGAAUAUAAAUAAGACAAGGAGGAGGAAAAUAAACCCUGUGUAAGAGAUAUUCUUUGUAAUACUUCUAAGUUACAGAGUUUAAAAGGAUACUUAGGAAGUCUUGAAUUAAAUACUCAAGACCAUUAAGAGGAUAUCCAACAGCAAAAGAGUAGCCACAGGAAAGACUUAAUCAGCUUUGAUACUAAAUAGGGGCAAGGAUGAGGGUUGAACUUGUAAAUUCCACUUUUGAUUAUAAGAGCCCUGUGAUUACAACAGGGCACCGGAGUGUAUGUUCCUUCCACCCUUUCCACCUUGCUAUUUCUAGGUAAGUUAGGAGCUGACUGACACAAAGACUUGAUAUGAGAAGAUUUUUGCUCAGUGUUCCAGAGCGGAAUUUUACCACCUGUGAUUAGUUUAUGUCUCAGUAUAUUUGCAUUUUUUAAAUUAUGUAUUGGGAAACGAUUUAUUGCUGUAAAAAUGCAGUCAUUUUUAAGAAUUUUAAAAAAUCAGGAUGUCUUACUUCUUAAGACAAUGGACUGGAUUAGUCAUUCUUCUGAGAAAUUUAGAUUGCAUUAAUAUAGGGUGACAAGCAUACUCAAGACAUGAAUAUUUUCAGAAGUUUAUUGAACUAUAGCCAGUUCUCAUCAUAAAAUAAUUUUUAAAGUGCUGUGUCUUAUGUUUUAUUUUGGAAUAGUAUGUUUUAAAUGAGUGAGAAAUGCUAAAUCAUCCUGACUAAAUAGGAUUUUGAUGAUUUCCCAGAGGAAUUGGAAACUAGGUAAUUUUAUAAUGGAAUUGAAAAAUUCUUCUCAACCAUUCUGGAAGUAAAAAUUGAUAAUGGGUAUGAUUUUAAUUGAUGAGCAGUCAUCUAGUGUGACCUUAGGAAAACUUCACUGUACAUAGGUUGCUGAAAAUUAAUAUGGUUUUUGGUUUAAAAAAUGUAAGCUUAUUAGCAUUUAUGGGAAAUAAUUUGAAAGUGAUUUAAAAAGUGAUUUCUUUACUUUUUUUCCCUUGAAUUCUUUAUUCAGUUUUGAUCAGCUUGCCACAGUAAAAUUGUUAAAUUUUGCGUCUUGAGAUCAAAGAGUACAUGAAUCAUUAUGUCCAUGUGGACAUUGUGUUUUUGUAUUUUAAAGUUCUUGCUGUGACACUGACACAUUACUGCCUUUUCAUUUGUCUGUUUGAAUGGCAGGUGUCUAUUAUGUCUAGAAAGUAGCCAGUGGAAUUAGUGGAUCAAAAAGCCCCACUCUAAGUGAUUAGUAGGAAAACCUACUUAAAAAGUAUUACUGUAUAAUGUGCUGGUCUUCCAUCCUCUGAGGAGUUAGAGAGUAGGACUAAAAUAUUUUCAUGAGGAACGUGGCUCUGCAAAAAAUACUUCAGGAUAUUGGGAUAGUAAAACCUGAGUACUUUAUAGCCAAGUGACUUGGUCUAAAUACUGCUUUUGUUUUCUGACUCUUGUAGUUGACUUCCAUUUAAUUGGAAAUUGUUUUGUCUGUUGCCUUUGCAGUGUCACAACAUGGCUUUGAGUCAAAAAGGAGGAUGAUAUGCAGUUGAUCCUCACUUUUUGCAGGUUCGACAUUUGUGAAUUCUGCUCGCUAGAAUUUAUUUAUAACCCCAAGACUCCGUUUUUUUUGCUAAGAUUGACUUUGCCUCAGCAUCAACAAACUCUUCAUCUAAGAUUGGUUCCUGUGUGUCAUAUAUUUACAAGUCAGUGGAAAUUACAAGUCAGCACAUACAAGCUGAAAAGCCAAAUAAGGAAAUGUAAUGCUUCUCUUGACAGUUCUAAUUUAACUUGGCUAAAGCCAGUUUUUAGGUUGACUUGGGCAGAAAAGUGAAAAGAGAAUGCUCCACUUUAACCGAUGUCCGCAUCUGAAACAAAUAGCCCAGAAAUGUUUUCCUAGUGUACAUGUUAGAACGGAUAAACAUGUGCAGCUGUUUCUUUCAAGAACCUUUGCACUUGCAGAAUUCAGGAAGUCAUGGCACUCAACCCGCUCUCUUGUUGGAGACAAAAAUAUUAUCCUGAUGGGACCUCCUGGUGCUGGGAAAACAACAGUAGGCAGAAUAAUAGGUCAGAAACUAGGUUGUUGUGUCAUAGAUGUGGAUGAUGAUAUCCUUGAAAAAACCUGGAAUAUGAGUGUGUCUGAAAAAUUACAGGAUGUUGGUAAUGAGCAAUUUUUAGAAGAGGAAGGAAAAGCUGUGUUAAACUUCUCUGCAUCUGGAAGUGUGAUUUCCCUUACUGGGUCCAAUCCAAUGCAUGAUGCUAGCAUGUGGCAUCUGAAGAAAAAUGGGAUAAUUGUAUACCUGGACGUACCUCUAAUAGAUCUAGUCAGUCGUUUAAAAUUCAUGAAAGUAGAUAGGAUUGUAGGUCAGAAUGCUGGCACAUCUAUGAAAGACUUACUUAAAUUUAGAAGACAGUAUUAUAAGAAAUGGUACGAUACCCGUGUUUUUUGUGAAAGUGGGGCUUCCCCAGAGGAGGUAGCUGACAAAGUGCUUAAUGCAGUUAAAAGAUACCAAGAUGUGGACUCAGAAACAUUCAUUUCAACAAGACACAAUUGGCCUAAAGACUGCGAGCAGAAGGUCUCAACAAAAUUCUUUAGUGAAGCAGUGAUUGAGGGGUUAGCUUCUGAUGGUGGACUCUUCGUUCCUGAGAAGGAGUUUCCAAAAUUAAACUGUAGGGAGUGGAAAAGCCUAGUAGGAGCAACCUACAUAGAAAGAGCACAAAUACUAUUGGAAAAGUGUAUACAUCCUGCUGACAUACCUGCUGCCAGAUUGGGAGAAAUGAUUGAAACUGCUUAUGGGGAAAACUUUGCCUGCUCAAAAAUCGCCCCUGUCAGGCACCUUUCAGGCAACCAGUUCAUCCUGGAGCUGUUUCAUGGACCAACAGGAUCAUUUAAAGAUUUGUCUUUACAGCUUCUGCCUCAUCUGUUUGCACACUGUAUUCCACCAAGCUGCAAUUAUAUGAUACUUGUAGCUACGUCAGGAGACACGGGCAGCGCGGUCUUAAAUGGUUUUAGUCGUAUUAAUAAGAAUCACAAGCAAAGAAUAGCCGUGGCCACAUUUUUCCCUGAAAAUGGAGUAAGUGAUUUUCAAAAAGCACAAAUAAUUGGCAGCCAGAAAGAAAAUGGGUGGGCAGUGGGUGUCAAGUCAGAUUUUGAUUUUUGCCAGACAGCUAUAAAAAGAAUUUUUAAAGAUUCUGACUUUACUGGCUUUCUUAUUAUGGAACAUGGAACUAUCUUAAGUUCAGCUAAUUCCAUCAACUGGGGCCGACUGCUUCCCCAAGUAGUUUAUCAUGCUUCUGCAUAUCUUGAUCUUGUUAGCCAAGGAUUUAUUUCUUUUGGAAGCCCGGUGGAUGUCUGUAUUCCCACAGGAAACUUUGGUAACAUUUUAGCAGCAGUGUACGCCAAAAUGAUGGGAAUCCCUAUUCGAAAAUUUAUUUGUGCCUCUAAUCAGAACCAUGUUCUGACUGAUUUUAUAAAAACAGGACAUUAUGAUCUGAGGGAAAGAAAAAUAACUCCUACCUUUUCACCAUCAAUAGAUAUUCUUAAAGCUUCGAACCUGGAACGACAUUUACACAUGAUGGCUAAUAAAGAUGGAGGGUUAAUGACAAAAUUAUUUAAUCAACUAGAAGAGCAGCAGCACUUCCAGAUCGACAAGAUGCUAGUCGAGAAACUUCAGCAGGAUUUUGUAGCCGACUGGUGCUCUGAGAGAGAGUGCCUUGCCGCUAUUCAUUCCACCUACAGUACUUCAGGGUAUAUUCUGGAUCCACACACUGCGGUCGCAAAAGUGGUUGCGGACAGAAUGCGAGACAAAACUUGCCCAGUGAUUGUCGCGUCUACAGCUCAUUACUCAAAGUUUGCACCUGCUAUCAUGCAGGCUUUAAAGAUUAAAGAAAUCAACCAUACUUCGUCAAGCCAGCUUUAUUUACUGAGUUCAUACAACGCAUUACCUCCACCUCAUGAAGCUUUAUUAGAAAGAAUGAAGCAGCAAGAGAAGAUGGAGUACCAGGUCUGUGCAGCUGAUGUGGACGUCCUAAAGAAUCAUGUGGAAAAACUAAUACAAAAUCAAUUCAUAUAAAAAUGUUUUGAGUAAAAUGUUUUUUUCUGGUGAUAAGCAUGCAAUAAUAAAUCACAAACAUUGAUUUGGA